AGUAAACAUGUCGGCAGUUGUUAUGUGCAGCUUUUCGCCGAAGUGUUCCUAAAUAAGCUUAGUGUGUGAGUUCCAGUUGUUCUACAUGCUGAUGGGACUGUUUGCCGUUUAUCAUAUUGAAAUUACAGGCAAGAAAAUUUGCAGUUGUGUGCAAUGAGUAGUCACCACCACUUGGGGCCCAAUGCCCCAACUGGAGAGAUCGAACACAUGAACUUCUUAUCCGAGCAUAUCGGGGCCUUGUACCUGAAUGAUGAGUACAGCGACGUCGUCCUCUCUGUUGAUGGGCACAAGUUCCAUGGGCAUAAAGUUAUUCUUGCAGCGAGAAGUGAUUACUUCAGAGCUAUGCUUUUUGGUGGACUUCGAGAAUCACAGCAAUCAGAAAUUGAGCUUAAGGGAACCUCAUUAAGUGCUUUUAAGAGCCUCCUCAAGUACAUCUACACUGGUCAUAUGUCCCUGGCAAACCAAAAGGAAGAUGUGGUGUUGGACAUUCUAGGCCUAGCCCACCAGUACGGUUUUGUGGACCUGGAGGCGAGUAUUUCAGACUACUUGAGGGAAGCCUUGCAGGUGCGGAAUGCCUGCAUUGUGUUUGAUGCUGCACGGCUUUAUGGUCUCACCCAUCUGCAAGCGGUAUGUGCCGCCUACAUGGAGAGGCAUGCUGCCGAGAUGCUCAGGCACCAGACUUUCUUGCAGCUGUCACCGGAAGCCCUCACAGAGCUGCUGUCACGCGACUCCUUCUAUGCCCCCGAGGUUGACAUCUUCCGUGCUGUGUGCCAGUGGGCUGCAGCCAACCCUGAGUGUGGUGAGCGGGCAUUGGGGGAAGUGGUGUCAACAGUGCGGCUGCCCCUCAUGUCCCUCUCAGAGCUGCUCGGCGUUGUCAGGCCUGCCGGCCUGGUCUCCGCAGAUGCGAUCCUCGACGCAAUCCAGGCUCGGACCCAGGCCCGGAACUCGGAUCUCCAUUACAGGGGCAUGCUGUUGCCAGAGGAGAACAUGGCCCACCCACGGCACGGCACACAGGUUCUGCAGGGAGAGAUGAGGGCUGCACUGCUGGACGGUGACUCCCACAACUACGACAUGGAGCGCGGGUACACACGCCACGCCAUCUCAGAGUCUGCCAGUGACCACGGCAUUGUCAUAAAGCUGGGCACCCAGGCCCUCCUCAACAACAUUCGCAUGCUUCUUUGGGACCGUGACCUCAGGUCCUACUCAUACUACAUUGAAGUAUCCAUGGAUCAGCUGGACUGGGUCCGUGUAAUUGACCACACCCGCUACUACUGCCGCUCCUGGCAAUGGCUGUACUUCGAGCCGCGAGUGGUGCGAUACAUCAGGGUCGUGGGAACCAACAAUACUGUCAACAAGGUGUUCCACGUAGUGAGCUUUGAGGCAAUGUAUACCGCAUCGAUGCCACCACUUCUGGAUGGACUUGUUGCUCCAAAAGAGAAUGUGGCAACCAUAGAAAAGAGCGCAUCGGUAAUCGAAGGUGUGAGUCGGAGUCGCAAUGCCCUCCUGAACGGGGACACGAGGACAUAUGACUGGGACUCAGGCUACACCUGUCACCAGCUGGGCAGCGGUGCCAUAGUUGUCCAACUCGGUCAGCCCUACAUGAUUUCGUCUAUGAGGUUGUUGCUGUGGGACUGUGACAGCCGCAGCUACAGCUACUACGUGGAGGUGUCGGUGAACACUUGGGACUGGGAGGUGGUUGCCGACAAAACGAGGGAGGCAUGCAGGUCCUGGCAAACCCUUACCUUCAAGCCCCGGCCCGUCGUCUUCAUCCGCAUUGUUGGGACACACAACACUGCUAAUGAGGUAUUCCACUGUGUGCACCUGGAAUGCCCUGCGCAGAUUUCUGAAGACUCGCCUCCUCCCUCCACUGGCAACAGCUUGGGCCACAGCCCACCAUCCGCACCGAAGGUCCUGCCCACUCCACCGACUCCUGCUGGUGGCAGCACCAGUGGUGGCAACAGCAGUAAACUCCAGGCGCAGAGGCAGCAGGAUGAUGACGACGAUCGGCAAGAGGAGCAGCGGCAGCAGCAGUGGGAGGACCGUGAGCAGCAGCAGCGCCAGCAGCAGCAACAGCAGCAGGAACUGGAAAAGGACCUGCAGCGCCUGCACGACAAUCCCAGCCACCAGUGUCAGCAGAGAGGUUCGCGUGAGGAGCACGUGCGUCGCCGUCUCUGCUACCUGGCAGUGGGGCCCGGUCCUUCUGCUGCACCUGCCUCGGAGAGCUUCCCUGCCGCCAGUCCGCCCCCACCCCCCUCGCUGUCACCAGCCACGUCAUCCUCUCUGCCGGAUGUUGCUGACGGCACGAGGGCUGAAGGGGAAGGAGAAGAAGUUGAAGAGGCGCGGCUGCCCCGAGAAGGUGGCGGAUCGCCGUGAUCUCCCCCUCCACCUUCCUGCUGCAGCUACUGUGGUGCCCUUGUGUUCCUCUGGGCGCCCUCGUAGCCCACCGGUGGGGAGUUCAUCUGAGUCAUUAUCCUGCGUGUUUGUGAUGUCACAUCACCUAACUGCUGCACAAAUAGUGUUUUGCCUGAGUUAUGUUUGUGUUAUGCUGUUGUGUGUACUUUCUGUUGCCUUUUGAUAAUUGUUUUCAUUCCACAAUCCUUUUUUUACUCUGCUAUUGUUGACAUGUUAAAGAUAUUAUUUUGCAAGUACACCUUACUGAACAUAUAUUUCACAUUGUACUUAAUCAUCCAAGCAUAUGCAAAUGGUCUCUCUCUCUCUCUCUCUCUCUCUCUCUCUCUCUAGUAAAGUUGAGAAAAAGACUGCAGUUUACUGGUGCCUCAGAUACACCUCUUGUAUUUAUUACUUCCUGUAAAAUUUUGAGACAGAAAUACUGUCCUGUUACGCACAUUCAGGGGGUGAAAAACCAGUACUGCUAACAGGCACAUGUAAAAAUAUGCAACACUAACCCAGUUUUCAGAACUAAUAGUUGAUUCCUUUGUGAGGAGAGAGUAGUUCGAGGGAUGCUAAAAAGGAAGGGCAGAUAUCUCAAACUCCAGAAUGACAGGGGUGCACUUGUGUUGAGGACAUCUCCUGUAUUUCCUGUUUUGCUUUUCAUCUUCAUUCUCUCUCUCCUCUUUCUAUUUUCUUUCUGCGCGCGCGCGCGUGCGUGCGUGCGCACGUUCACACACACACACACACACACACACACACACACACACACACACACUGAAAUAUAUGUCACAAAUCGAAACAUACUGUGUUCCAAUUUAUCAAAAGAUGUUUUAAUGUUAAGUGACUGGAAUGUAAUGAGAAACUGCACUUGCACAUCCUGCGGUGCUCAAUGGUUAAGACACUGAACUUUCAUUCGGGGCACUAGUAGUUCAACUUCAGACUUUGAGGUUUCACUAAAGCAAAUGGCUACUUCGAUAAAAAGUCAGGCCUCAAGAAGACAGUUAAGUGAAGAAAAUUUAGGAGGAGCAAUGAGAAGAGCUUGUCAAUCAUAGUGUUAGGUAAACAAGUAAAAAGUAAAUUGCCAAAAUAAAAAUGAGACUGCAAUAAAGAAAAAGUGGGUAGAUUGAUUUCAUCUGGUCACAGGCAGUGAUGCCUUUGUGCAAUAAUGACGGUACAUUGAAGAGAGAGUGUGUGGGAUUGUCUUAGUACUGUUCAGUAAUUGUGACUGUCUUAAGAAGAAACAGAGAAAAGGCAAUCAUAGAAAUGAUUGAAUCUUGUGUACCUGGGAUUUAUGAGCUGAGUAAUGAGCAAACAUGAGAAACAAAACAGAGACCAAAAUCAUUAUUAUUUUUCCUUUCUUUGUCUUCCUUCAACUCUCCAUCUAAAUGUGUAUGGAAAUUUUCUGUUUCAUUGUCUGCUUUGCGUUUGUUUCUAUUUUAUCCUUCUAAGCCAGUAUCUGUGGCUGUUUUCACUGUACACACAAACAGCAUCAGCAAAUGGCUGCUAUUGAUAGAAAGUGCCCAUUUCAUACCCUUAUUUUGAUACCAGCUAUGGACUGGGUUUGAUGAAGUUACGUAUGCAUAUUUAUUUAUAUUGCUAAUAUUUUAUUCAUUAACAUAUAAAUUGCAACCCACUUUUACCAGCAUAAUGAAAUACAGAGCUAACUUUUAAAUUGUUGAUAAUGAAGAUGAUAGAAAAUGUUACAUUCUCUUCAGAAAAGCAGUGUUGAGCCCUGUGACUUGACAUUUCUGGCUUUUCCAUGAUGUGUAGCCAAAAACACAGAGAAACAAAUGGAGAAUGCUUUGAUGGGGAGUUUCUAUUAAGGUUGGCCAUUGAUAGAACACCUUGUUUGUUGCCAGUUUUUCCUCCUCCGUUGCUAUAACUUUCCAUCAUUGAUCUCUUGCAAAAUAAAUAUGAACCUUAGCUAUUGAUAGUUUUGUCUUGUGAUAUGUGGAUAAAGCAGCCUCUGUGACUUUAAUAUUUAGUUGGGGUUUUUGUCCAUUAGAUGAAGAUUGUGUCUACUGAGUGUGUUUGUACCAUUGGAGUGGAAAUUUUCCCACGUUCGUGGGUUUCCAUUUUGUUUAGAUUUUUACAUGACCAUUGGUUGUUUAUACAUAUACAUAUAUAUAAAUUUUGGAGAAGUUGUUGUUUAUUUAGAUUUUAAUUGCUUGUGAAUAGUUUUAACUUACUGCCAUUAGGGGGUUUCAUUGUUGGAAACAAGUACAAGUUUUAUAUUGUAUACCACCCGAGCAUGAAGAAGAUAUUUAAGCAAGUGUUAGAGAUUAUAAUUUAUUAAGAUACAAGGAUAUAUAAUUUUUGAGAAAAUAUAAAUUCAGUGCUCACAUAUAUAUACAUAUUGAAAAUAAGUAAAUGUAUAAAUUGGUAUUUAAAUUUUAAAAAGAUGGUAAAUAAAAACUUGAUAAGAUAUAUUGAAUAAUUCGCAUUAAAAGAUAAAAAAAACAUUAGAUGUCACUUACUUUGUUUGUAAAUUGAUAGUGCUCCAUAAAAUAUGGUGCUUCUGGCUAUAAUAUAAAGUUACCACAAUGAAUAAGUUUAUUAAUUGACUAUGUAUGUAAUACAAAAAAAAAUUAAUGUUGUUACAUACAAAGAUAUAAGUAAAGUGCAUACAGUGCUCAAUAUUAGCUGUGCAGAUAUGCUGUUUGGUAGCUUUCUUGCCUGUGUAUUUGUAUGGUCGAACACAACAUGACAAAAAAAAACAGUUUUCGUGUUUGUUGCAAUGUAGUGUAAUAUACUGUUCAUGAAUAGUCUAAGAGCCUCUCUUUUAAGAGCCUCAAGAUAAUUUAGUGUGGGAGUUGAAAUGUUGAGAUUCAUUGUAUAGAUCUUAACUUUCUUGGUUGUCCUUUAUUUGCAAACAGUGUGGCAGAAUUUCAGUAUGAAGAACUUCCUUGUGUAACUUCACAAUGAAAUCAUAUUUAUUAUAUUGAGAAUCAUUUCCUCAUGUUUCCUUGUGGCUGUGGUCCGUCUGACUGUUGUGAAUUGUCAGUGAAUGCUUUGAGGUUUGUCUCCAUCCACUCUUUCACAGUUUGUGAAUACAUACUUAUAAAUAUACCUGUGAAAUGACUAGGAGAAUUGUCGGUAAUUGAUUAAAGUGUGAUUCAUCUAGGAUAUGAAAUACACAGAAUUACAAGAUUCUAAGAAAGUUAAUGUAUGUUUUAUGUCACUGGGUGAUAUAUUAAAACUACAGGCAAUCAGUACCAUCCCAAAAAAACUUCCAGAGAUGUUAACCUUGUUAUUGAGGGAACACUUGGAAAAUGGCAAUGUCUUUCCUGCAGAUGAUGUGAUACGGGUAUAACUACAAAUAAAUUUUUUGGAAUAAAAUUUUUCUGUCUGUUGUAAGCCCAAUACAAUUACAUAGAAACCACAUCUUGAUGUGUUAGUGAGAGCAAUAUUCCAGUAGUCUGGUGUUUGCUGUGGAGUUGUUUGCAAAGUUAUGCACUGUACAAAAAUGAUUUUAUAAGUAUACAACUUAAAAUGGUUGUUGAUUGCAAUUGGAUCAAUUUUACUUGCAGUUAAGUCAGUGUGUUUAGUGUGUAAGUUUAAUGGAUUAUAUUUAGUGUUGAGCAUGUGUAACCUCAGAUACUUUAUGGCUUGUGGUGUAGUCAAUCAAAUGUGAUCAUGUUCCUUUGAGAGGUAGUUGAGGGAUAAUUUGGUGAUAGGCUGUGACGGUUAAUGAAGGAUGUUUGAAGGUACUGACUUUUGUUUCAUUUAUGAGUUCUGGUGUUUAUAGAGUUUUUUUUUUUUUCUUUCUUCCUAAAUUUUCAGCAACUGAAGAAUGGAGUAGUUUCUGGAUUUUAAUAAUGUAUACUAGCAGAAUGUAAUUUUGUCUGCAGGAAUACUGUAACUUUAGGCUCUACGACUUUUGAAAGAAGUCAGUGUAUAUUCAGUGUCUUACUGAAAACUGCUCAAAAGCUUUUAGACAAAACAGUUUUUGACAUUCAGUCCAAUUUUCCAUAGACAGUUUAUAAAGCAAAGUAUCCUAUGUGUUGAUUUAUAAAGAAAAUUUGAAUUGUACCUAUUUAUUUUUCUCUGUAAGUAGAGAAUUGUAAAGUGCAGGAGAUGAAAAUUUGUAUGUUGCAUGAUGAUCAGUAAGGUAUGUACAUGCCUCUAUGCACAUGGCAGACAUGACCUAGGGAGCAAUUUGGCUACUUAUGGUAAAAGUACAAUGAACUCUUUUGGGCAUUAAAAAGUGCCACAAUGUUCCUGCCUCUAAUUAGAUCAUCUUCACCUCAUAAUAUCGAUCUUAAAUUCAGCUUAGCCUUGUAGGACAGUUGUGCUAUAAUAAUUAGACAGUCUUGGAAUAAGCAUUUGCAGAGUAAUUGCUUUUCAAAAUUGACAUAUGUUGUGUCAAAUUCAUUUCUGUUGUAGAUGCAGUAGGAGGUAGUGUCUUAGUUAAUAGCAGAAUGGAUCACUAGGGCUCUGCAGAAUUUUCUAUAAUGCUCUAACACAAGACUUAACUAGAUUUUUUGAAAGUUUCUCAGAACAAUUUGUAGUGUACUUGGAUGCAUAUAUUAAAAUGGUCAUUCGUGGUGAAAUCUCUGGAUUAGUAUUGUGAAACCACCUAGCUUACUUAAAUAUCAUGAAAACAGACUUGUUUCAUGUGUGUGAAAAUGUGUAAUUGUGAAAAGUUCUACAUUGUAAUCCAGAAAACUGUUUUGCUAAGCACUGUGCUGAGGAAAAACUUCCAGUUAAGUAUUGUGCACUAUCAUAUAAAGAUUUCUCUUUGGCACAUUUUUCUUGACUUUGUAUUUUGUUCAUUUCCCUUCAAUACAAAUAACAAAGCACCGUGGAGUGGGCAAUAUGCACUCGUUAAUAGGAUUACUUCAGUUUAUCAAUGGAAAUCUCCAUCUUGACUAACUUUUUACAAAAUUAACGUGCAUGGUGAAAUUUCUAGUCUGCUUUUUCUUGAUUUCCAAUGGUCACCAAUAAUGAUUAUCUGUCCACA